AGGCGUUCCGUUCUGCACUUUCGCUAUCUCGACAGUCCAUCAACAAGACUCUAAUUCGCUCGCUCCACCUACUCGACGUCGUUCGUUCAUCCAACCACCUCGCGGGCAUUGUCGGAGACGACAACAGCACCUGCUUCGACACGCACAUCACACAGCACAACCUUCUAUAUGCCUAAGAAUCCGCUCAAGAACUUUGCCCGUCGCAAGUCCUCCGGAAACAUCCUCGACCUUCCCUCGGAAUCCACAUCACCCGCACCCGCCUCAUCCAGCUUCCGCGUCCUCGAGAGACCAGACAAGGCAGCUACACCGGGCAGCGGCGGAUACCCUGGGGGUCCUGUGAAGCGGACAAGCGGCGGGCGACCAGGAUCAAGCAUCCUCUUGAACAGGAAGUCGGGCAAGUCGCAGGAGGACUUGGUACAAAGCGCAAACAGCUCUUCGUCCACUCUUCCCUCAUCAAUCGAGGCAGAACACGAAGCAGAGAACGAAGACCUUUUCCCACGCAAAAACGGCGCCAACAACAGCAGUAACCUUAGCAGCAACCGCUCAUCAGCCGCAUCGAACGCGCUUCCCGAACCUCCAUCAUUCUCAGCCCGCGCAGGCAGGGCUAUGUCCUUUGGUUUAAGAAGCAAGCAGAACGCUAGUCCCGGCACAAUGACUGCUGCAACAGCUCACAUGCCCGACCUGCCCGAGAACAGCCUCAUCCGUGAUCGCGCAACAACUAUGAGCAGCAAUGCCAGCACAGCCGUACCACCGCGGCUUGACGCCAACCUGGGCUCCAUGUCCGAUUUUGGCAGCGACUUUGGCAUGAACAUGUUCGAAGGACUGAGCUCACCUAGACAAGCUAAGAACAACGUAGCAGCCCCUCAACCUGCUCAUGACAACUAUGGUAGAUCGGCAUCUCAGCCAUUACCUGCUCCUCCUGCCCACCGCUAUGAUCCCACGCCCUCGCCUGAAGCCGCUGUCGAACCCGAAACGCGUCACAGACCAGCAAAUUUGUCUGCCGCCUCCGCAAACCGCUAUUCUUGGGCCAGUAGAACCUCCAACGAUGGGCUCAUGUCUCCAGCCAUUGGUUCCGACAUCUCCUCGCCUCCUAUGAACCCUCCCUCGACUUUUGCUCGUUUCAGACCAGGAUAUCAACCAGUACCCGACCGUUAUGGCUCGCCCGCUAAUGAGACCGAGCCUGAACACGAAAGGGCAGAUAGCUAUUCCAGCGAAGAAGACGCCUCACGCCCGAUCUCGCGCGCCAGAUCCCCUCUUGUCGAGUCUUACACUGCGCCCACAUCCCCGCAAAGAGUCGUCCCAGCUGCCAGAAACCCCACAAUCGCUACCGUCACCAGAGACGACCUUAGCUCAUCUGAAUCGCUAGGCGAGUCUCAACACACCACCCCUCGUGCCAACAAUCUGCGUCCUACGAGCAACACCUCCGAUGGCAUGUUCGAUCACUCUCCUUCUGGACCUACCAGCCGUGCUGUGCACGUCGCAGCACCUCCGGUCACCUCCAGAACUCAGUCUCAACAGUUCUCGCCUACCAAGAGGAUGACAAGGAAGGAGUUCGAAGCACAGCGCAGAGAAGCUAGCCCCGAAGAGAGUGAGGAGUCCGAGGAGUCCGAGGAAGAAGGUUACGAUGAUGACGACGAGGCUGAACGUCAGGCAGAGCUUGCCAGACAAAGGCGCAAGCAAGAGGCCAAUCUCUCUGUCUACAGACAACAGAUGAAGAAGGUCUCUGGAGGAAACCCUUCGGAGCUUCCAUCGCAAAACGGUCGCCCAAGCUUAGAUCGUGCUUCCUAUAGCGCUCCUGGACUCACUAGAGACUUCUCGAAUGUCAGUCUCGGUGCUGAGCAAGAGGAGGAGGAUGAUGAGGUUCCUCUAGGUAUCCUCCAAGCACACGGCUUCCCUAGCAAGGGCCGUCCCCCGACUCGUCUUGCUAGUGCUCCUCCUACUCCUGGCUCGGUCGUCAAUGGCGGAAUGGGAGGGGGCAGCCUUCCAGUCUUCGCCCGCAAUCUCCCUGCGGACCCCUACUUCGGCGCUGGUCUCGUCAAUCCUUCCAACCGAGAGUCACUUGCUUUCGGUUCUGGCGGCUCAGUGUAUGGCGGAGCUUCUCCUUCCAUGCACCAAUUGCCUCAAAUGCCCCAGAUGAUGCCGCCUCAGCAGAUGCCCGGCAUGCCCCAGGCAGGCGGUGGCCUCGUUGGCGUCAUUGCUGGCGAGGAACGUGCCCGCGCUGCCAGACGUGUUAACCAUAAUGGCGGUGCCACCUUCAACGCUAACGGAUUGCCUUUGCCCGGCAAUAUGCAUAGCAACAUGCCUCCCCAACUGAUGCCGCGAUCUAAUUCGAUGAUGAACGUGGCUCCACCACAGAUGGGCCCGCAGAUGGGUAUGGGUGGCUUCAUGCCGCAGAUGCCUCAAAUGCCCCAGAUGAUGGGUGCCGAGCAGCAAAACACACAGCAGAUGAUGCAGUUGAUGUUCCAGCAAACUCAAAUGAUGCAACAGAUGAUGGCCAUGCAGGGCGGUCAAAUGCAGCAGAUGCCUCAGAUGCCUCAGAUGAAUUCGCCGCAGAUGCAAAACGGCGGAUUUCCCAACAUGCUUCCGAACGGCAUGCAGCGACCUAUGUCUAUGGGUGGCCCUAACGGACAGCAACAACCUGGAAUGCUCGGCCCUCAGGGCGGUAUGCAUCAGCAAAGGUCCAGUACAAUGACCAACCUGAAGCCUCCAGGCUACGCAGGAUCGAUGUAUGAUUACAGUCUUAGUGCGCCUCGCGGUGGCUACACCCCAUCAAUCGCCCCGAGCGAGCGCAGCAAUGUUGGCAUGCCUUCUCGCUAUCGUCCUGUGACCGUGGAAGGUUCUACCAGCCGCACAGCAAGCAUGACUUCGCAAUCCGGUGUCCAGAACUUCGCGAAGAAGAACGCCUCGACUGGCUCUUUCUUGAACCCCAACAACAUUCCCGCAACCAACGGCAGCAAUGUACCGCGAACUACAAUCAAAGUCAUUGACAAGCCAAAGGGCUCGCCGAGAUCCCCCCAACCCAGAGCCGACGAAGAGGACGAUGAUGAAGGCUGGGCACAACUGCGCAAGAAGAGAGAGGAGCGUAAGAAGCGCGGCACCGGCAGCAAGUCCCAAGAACAGACUCUGGAAGAGCUGUACCAGGGCUUCAACUAGAAUUUCGAAGCUCUCUGUGUGCAUGAUUCCCGAGUUCUGUCUCUUUCACCCCAUUUUUAUCACGGACGUUGAGGACACUUUCUCGACAACCUUGUCUAUAGACUUCCCUUCUCCUUCCCAUUCCCCAUUUUUCUUCUCUUCCAUCACCCUAGUACUUCUUGUCUUUUUUUAUUCUUCC